AUGGUCGGUUUGACCUCGUUUUACCUCUACUCCAUAACCAUUUUAUUCAGCAACUUCAGACUAUCUGCGUGCGAUAAUUGUGAACAAUGCCAGAAGAUUGUGAGUGCUUUUUCCGCAGGCCUGGACCGUACGGCUACGAAGGGUUUCAGUGGUGGGAACACGCAUUGGGAACAGAGAAAUAUUGGCAGCUACGCUACAAGUGAAAUAAGAUUCGAUGAUAUUAUCGCUGGUGUUUGCGUGAAGUCUGAUUACAAGUGUCAUGAAAUUCUUGGCGUGUUGGAACCACUCAUCUAUGAUUGGUGGAAUGAUGUGUUCAAGAUUAAUCAAAGCAAAAUACUCGAGUUCGGAGAUUAUCUUUGUCUCACAGAGGCCAAGUAUUGUUGUCCUGCGGGCCACUUUGGACCGGCUUGCAAUGUUUGCUCUCCUUGUGUCAUCCAAGGUGGUUCGUGCGAUGGCAACGGGACUCGAGGUGGCUCCGGGAAGUGCAUAUGUCGUGAGGGUUAUGUAGGCGAAGCUUGCAAUAGAUGCAACUCCAAAACACAUUACAGCCUUCCUUCCGAAAAUGGAGAUGCUGAUAUCUGCCUGAACUGUCACGCAUCCUGUCUGGGGGGUUGUCGAGGCCCUGACCCAUCUGACUGUACGGGUUGUGCUGCAGGAUGGACGUGGAUUGAGGAAGAAGAAUCUCAAGCUGCCUGUAAAGACGUGGAUGAAUGUCAACACGACCCAUGUGAGCGUUCGACAGAAUACUGCUUGAACACUGCGGGAUCUUACGAGUGUCAUCGUUGCUCAGUUUCGUGCGAUGGUUGCCACGGACCAUCGGCUCAUGAUUGUGCCAGAUGCCGCCAAGGUUACCAUUUGGUCGAUGGAAAGUGUGAGGACGUUGAUGAAUGUUCGCGAAAACCUUCCCCAUGCCAGGGCGAUGGUGAAACUUGUAGAAACACCCCAGGAUCAUACGUGUGCGAGUGUUACCCACACCUCGAAAGACGUGAUGGUCGAUGUACAGCAAAACAGAGUGGUAACGCCAACGACAAUGCUGGCGCUGUUACUUUGAGUCGAGGUGAUGAGUUGUAA